GUCUCACUAAACGUUAUCAUGGAAAAGCCGGAAAAAGUAGAACUAGUGUACGAAUACAAGAAACGAAGAAAAGAAUUUGGAAGACAAACGUUAUUUGAAGAUCAUGGGCCUGAAAUGAUAGUUAGCAUCCCAAACAAUCCAGCACAAUACCCGGAUUAUAUUCUUCGUAAUCCGGUGCAUUGUGCUAUCCAAAACACAGGGACUAUGUCUGAACAUUGGGUUAAUUCUGUAAGAGCAGAAUACACAAGUUCUGGUGUAAGCCACGUUGAGGGUGGGUGGCCUAAAGACAUCAAUAUGAAUGAUCCUGAAGCAACACAAAGAUAUCGAAGGAAAAUCGAGAAGGACGAUGCUUAUAUUCAUGCAGUUAUGCACUUAGGUCAUAGCAUGGAACACAAUAUCCUACAAAAUAAUGCUGUAGAUAUGUACGAGACAUACAACACAGAACUACCAGCUAUACCACCAGUAGAAAACAGUGGUUGUCAUACAGUCAACGUGUACCGUGAACCGGAUGGCAGGCGUCCGAUCCGAUCUUUGUCGUGGCAAGCAGACGGAGGUGCCAAACUAGCAGUAGCACACGCAGAUAUCGAGCUUACGAGGAAUUCUAGAAAUCCACAAUAUUCUUACAUUUGGGACAUUGAGAAUGCCAAUGCACCUGAGCUGGUGAUAAAACCACCCCAACCUUUGCUGGAUCUCAUAUACAAUCCUCGAGAUCCACAUCUUAUAAUCGGAGGAAUGAUGAAUGGACAGGUUGGAUGGUGGGAUACAAGGAAAGGUGGAGAUCCCGCUGGAGUUUGCCCACCUCACGUUGCCCAUCGAGACAUAGCUCGAAAUGUGCUCUUUAUAAACUCAAAAAUAGGGGCUGAAUUUUUCUCUUCAUCACCAGAUGGUGUUGUCAAAUGGUGGGAUACACGGAAUAUGAGUGAGCCUACAGACUCAAUGAUUAUAGAUAUCGUAAAAGCAGUAACUGAUACACCGUCCAUUGAUAACGCCAUUGGAAUAUCAGCACUUGAAUAUGAGCCAACGAUACCAACGCGGUUCAUGGUUGGGACAGAAACUGGUUUAGUGAUUGGAGGUAAUCGAAAAGGGAAAAAUGCUGUAGAAAAGCUUCCCACUAAGUAUGAAGCACACUUUGGUCCUGUAUACGCCUUACAAAGGAACCCGACAUUCGUGAAAAACUUUCUAACAGUAGGAGAUUGGACGGCUCGCGUGUGGAGCGAAGACUGUCGUGAAUCUGCAAUUCUGUGGACAUAUUCGCAUCGAACGAAACUCACUGAUGGUGCAUGGAAUCCUAUCAGGUUUUCGUUGAUGCUGGUCACACAGUGGGAUGGAUGCCUUUCUUGUUGGGAUUUGUUACGAAGAAGAAGCGCCCCGUUGGUAACAGCACAGCUUUGUGAUGAACCUUUACUUCGUCUACGACCACACGAAGGAGUUCGUAACCCUCUACACUUAUCGAAAGAUUUAAUACAAAAGAAACAUAAAAAUAUAAAAAAUAUAUUCUUACAUAUUGUACUUUCUUUUCAGGGCUUACUGGUAGCAUGUGGUAGCAGUAAAGGAACAGUCUACUUAGCUGAAUUAUCAGAAAAUCUUGGUACAGCAGACAAAAACGAUAAACAACUAUUAACACACGUUUUAGAUCGUGAAAACAAAAGAGAACGUAUAUUAGAAGCUCGGAUGCGAGAGUUGAGAUUAAAAAUGCGCCAAGGUGGUAACGCAAAUGAACCGGCCGUGGAAACUGAUCCUUCGAUGAACGACAGAGAUCUAGAGGAGGCCACCACAGAAUAUAUGCAAACUAUCAACGACUUACAAGCGCAGCAGAAAACGGAGAGCUAAUUUGAAAA